AUGGCGACCGUCGCUCGGCUGUCCGUUCUACUGCUCCUCUCGGCCCACGCAGACGCGGCGGUGCACAGCGGCUACAUCUACGACCGCCUUUGCAUCGGCCGUGGCGUGGGGAUCGACGGUGUGGAUGGGCGCGUAGAGCCGCAGCGGCAUACGGUGCACUGCAACCUGGUGUCUAUCUGCCGGGACUCCGGUUAUGGCAUUCUCACGAAGCCCAGUGGCUCUAGCCAGUGGUCCUUCGAGGUCCUCAUGUCCGAUCGCGGCAAUGCAGAUGUCAUCACCUGGCUUAACACGCAGGAAUACUGGGGCACAGACGUCCGCGUUGAGAUCAGCGGCGACUAUGACUCCCAGGGACAGUUGCAUGUGGAUACCAUCAAGCGCUUGAACUCUGGCGUCGUUUGGCAAGGCAGCGGCAGUGGAGGCGCUACAACCAGCACAACUACAACGACCCCCAGUACUACCCCAGGCACGUCCACUACAACUACCACAACAACCACAAAAAGAACAACCACCACCACAACUGCUGCUACAACUACCACAACCCCAGGGCCCAGUUCUACUACAUCUACUACAACCCCGGACAGCACAUCAACAGCUUCAACCUCAACGACAACUCCUGCCCCCACAACAAGUACGACCUCCACUAGCCAGUCAGGCCCUGCAGCCACCACAACAACUACAACCCCGGACAGCGCAUCAACAACUUCAGCCUCAACGACAACUCCUGCCCCCACAACAAGUACGACAUCCACAGCCCGUAGUCAGCCAGGCCCUACGGUUGGCCCCACCACCUCAGCUGCCGGCGAAACAAAGCUGGCGCUUACAUCACUCUUACUCUCCUCGGCGCUCCUCUUCCUGGGCUAA